AUGUCACUCUCAAAGCCCAAGACCAGCGAGGAUUCAGUAUCAUUGGAGAAGCCUCAUGUUUCUACCUACCAGAGCAAUGAAGACACGCAAGGUCCGACUUUCGAUAGCACUCGUACGUCUGCCCUAUUGCGCAAAUUAGAUUGGAACAUUGUUCCCUUUCUGUCAUUGUUAUACUUGCUUUCAUUCCUUGAUCGAACAAACAUUGGCAAUGCGCGACUAGCUGGUUUGGAGCAGGAUUUAAACAUGAAAAAUCUCGAUUAUAAUAUUGCGCUCGCCGUCUUCUUUCCGUGGUAUGUUGCUGCGGAGAUACCAAGCAAUAUUAUGAUGAAGCGAACGAGUCCCUCACUUUGGUUGUGCAUUAUUAUGCUCGCCUGGGGUAUAUCGAUGACCCUGAUGGGACUGGUCAAGAAUUUUGCGAGCUUACUCAUUGUUCGUAUGGCACUUGGACUUGCAGAGGGCGGUCUAUUCCCCGGAGUUACGUGGUACAUCACUUUAUGGUACCGCAGGCAUGAAUGUGGCCUGCGUAUGGCCAUUUUCUUCUCUGCCGCUACACUUGCGGGUGCAUUUGGAGGUCUUCUGGCUCGUGGAAUCUCUGAAAUGAAGGGCGUUGGAGGAAAGCCAGGGUGGGCUUGGAUUUUUAUUCUAGAAGGUAUAGCAACGGUUGUUGUUGCGGCAUUCGCAAAGUGGAUUAUUCACGACAACCCCGAGACCGCCAGAUUUUUAACAGAAGAGGAACGAACUGAGAUCAAAGCCCGGCUGAAGCUGGAUCGUACUUCGCUAGCGGAUGAGUAUCAUAUACGCUACCUUUACGCCGCUCUUCGCGAUUGGAAAAUAUACGUCCACAUGCUCAUUACUAUCGGCAUAUACACUCCGCUUUAUUCUAUCUCGCUAUUUCUUCCGACGAUUGUCAAAAAUAUGGGGUACAGCAAUAAUAGGUCACAGCUGAUGAGUGUGCCACCUUACGUCGUUGGCUGUGUUGCCACAAUCUCCGCCGGUUACUUUGCAGAUAAGUCUAAGGAGCGAGGUCGUUAUAUGAUGGCGUGCUGCCUCGUUGCGAUUUUUGGCUUCGUCCUUCUUAUCUCUACCAGCAACUCCCAUGUCCAAUACGCCGGAACCUUUUUUGCAGUCUCUGGAAUUUAUCCUAAUGUACCCAUGGGAGUUGCGUGGAAUGGCAACAACAUUGGAGGAUCGACUAAACGAGCUGUCGGUAUUGCGAUGCAUGUUGGUUUCGGAAACUUGGGAGGGGUAAUAUCUGCCUUCGCUUAUCGUUCCAAAGACGCACCUCGAUACUACUCUGGGCACGGACUUCUGAUUGCGACAGUGUCCAUGAGCUUUGUCUUAUCACUCUUCAUGCAUCUUUAUCUUAAGCGUGAGAAUGCCAGACGCGAUGCGAGCAUGAAAAGCUUAGGAUAUACUCUCGACUCGUACACCGAGGAGAUGAAGCACUCUGAGCGAGAAAAGGGGGACUAUGCAUCUUUUUUCCGCUACACUACUUAA